UACAGCUGUAAAAUCCCCUUUUUACCCUUGCCGUCAUUCAUUUCAUUCCAAUCACUAUCCAUAUACUCCUUCCCCGAGAAGCUUUGCAUUUCGUUCAUCUAUCCCUGCGAUUCAUUCAUCUCAUGCUUUCAUCAGUUUCUCAUCGACGAUCUGUAGUUUCAUCGCCUUCAAUCUUCCGGAUUUCAGUCUCUUUUCAAACCACCAUCACUUUUCCCACGUCUGGUGAACAAGUUGGGAAGAACGAUGGAAAACCAUCAAAAUUCGCCGUUUGACCGUCCAUCUCAAGUCUUCCGUGGCAUUCGCUUUGUUCUUCUUGGUUUCGAUUCUAUCAACAAAGCUCAGGUUUCACGGAGGCUUGUUAAUGGCGGAGGCAUUGAUGCUGGUGUAUAUGGUCCCAAUUGCACUCAUGUUAUUGUCAAUAAGCUUGUCUAUGAUGAUCCCGUCUGUGUUGCUGCCAGAAGAGAUGGGAAGAUAUUAGUCUCUGGCCUAUGGGCUGAUCAUAGCUUUGACGUUGGAGUACCUGUGGAUCCAACCUCGGUAAUGUACAGACCAGUGAGAGAUUUGAACGGGAUUCCAGGUGGAAAGUCACUAGUUAUAUGUUUAACAGGAUAUCAACGUGAAGAUCGCGAAGACAUUAUGACCAUGGUUGAUUUGAUGGGUGCGCAGUUUUCAAAACCACUGAUAGCAAACAAGGUUACUCAUCUUAUAUGCUACAAAUUUGAAGGAGAGAAGUAUCUGCUUGCAAAGAAAAUGAAGAGGAUAAAGCUUAUCAACCAUCGAUGGUUAGAAGACUGUUUAAAGGCAUGGGAGAUUGUCCCAGAAGCAGAUUAUACCAGAAGUGGUUAUGAGCUGGAGAUGGAGGCUGAAGCCAAAGAUUCUGAAGAUGAAGCAGAAGGGGUUGCUACUGGACUUACCGAAGUGAAGAAGGAAAGUCCAUAUCAUUCGAUGAUGUUAAAGCAGGAUGUUUCAACAAGUCUACAAAAUACUAGUGCUUCUAAAGGGUUUGAAAAUGCAAAUGACAAUGUGUCAGUGACUUUGAAGACCACAUCUGAUCAAUUUCUUAAUCCCAUCAAAAAUGUUAUUGGUCUUACAUGUGAGCCAUCCAAUCUAUUUAAAGGAACUACAAGUGGUUCAGCAUUCAAGAAAUCUCCUUCAAACGAAUCAAGAAAUGUCAUGUCUUCAAUUUACUCUAGGAAACUGCCAAUGGGAACCACACCUCCGACAACAGACACAAGUGAUAUGAACAGUGCUAAAAGACCUGAUAAGAUUAAUUUGAGUAACGCCUUCAAUAUGUCUUCACCUUUUGUAGAAAAAGAGGAGCAAAAUGGAUCAGCUUUUGGUAAGAGGAAGAUGGAGAUUUCUUCUGGUAGUUCUAAACUACAAAAAACGAUUCACAAUGAAGACACAUUGAAUAGAGAGAGUCUCCAUGUGGAAAGCGUAUUUCAAGAAAAGGAAAAGAAUCCCUCUACUGAAAUGAGCAACCAUUUAUCACUGGGGACUGGCAUCCCUUAUGUAAGUGAUAGAUCUCCUGUAAGUCCUGCACAAAAUGUCCCCUCCAACAGUGGAAAGAAGGUGUUAAGUUCUAAGGGUAAAAGUGUAACUUGUGAUGAAAUUUCUACCCCACCUGUACAAGACAAAGGCUUUGAUGAAGAAUUGAAGGAAGCCAGUGUAGCAUCAAAGUGCAGAGAUGUUGAUAUGUUACUACAAUCUGAAUUUGAAAUACCUGAAGCUCAGGAGCCAGAACAUGUGAUGCAAAGUCUUGAGAAAUCAUCUCCUUCUGCAGCAACUUGUGAUAUUGAGAAAUCAAGUACUCCAAACUUGGAGAUUAGUGAACAGAGUGCUGGAUCAGGCUCAAAAUCUGUGAGAAGGAAGUCGAUUGCCAAGAAAUUUUUGGCCCCUAAACAGAAUCUAGGUAAAAAGAAGACUGUGGAUCAGAAAGGUUCUAUUUAUCUACAAAACAUUGAGCCACAGAAUGAUGGAGUUGAUGUUCAGGGAGUAGGUGAUGACAAGAAUCAAAGUAAUGAAAAAGUUGAAGAUGCUUCAGAGAUAGAGAAGGAGAAGAUGGAUGAUGAAACUGAGUCUCCAGAGGAUAAAGAGGAGCAUGGAGCACAUAAUGUUGAUAUAGUGAUGGAAGAAAAUGCACAUGGUGAUGAUGUAAAUCAAAGUAAUGAAAAAGUUGAAGACGCUUCAGAGGCUGGGAACUUGGUUUCUGUGAAUGUGGACAAAUCUAAAGCAUUGAGAGAGAAAAAACUUCCUUCAACCAAAAAGUCAAAGAAAAAAGCAGCAGCUGUUUCAGUCAAAGAUGCAAGUGAUAAGAAGGAAGUUGAAAUUAGGGAAGAAGCAACUCCACCUCCACUUCGAGCUUCUAAGAGAAGCAAGAGAAAUGUAAAUGAUUUGCAGACAGCAGAAGAAGGUGUUUGUAAGAAUGAUGACAGCAGCACUGAACAUGUGUAUUCAGCAUCUGAAAAGGAAAAGGAAAAGGAGGAUAAGGUUCAGGGAGAGACAGAGAAUGUGAAGGACAACAAGGCAACUAAAAGCAAAACUAAGAAAGAUAUUGGUCUUUCUAAUUCUGUCAAACAAGCAACCGAAACAAAAACUGUUAACAAGAAGAAGGGUAAACCAAGUUCCAGAUCCUGUGAUUUGGAAGCACAGAAGGAAAAUAUUCAAAUUCCAGUUGAAAAUAAAAACAAACAGAAACAGAAACAGGCCUUAAAAUCUGAGAAAAUUACCCCUAAGACUACGCAAGUGAACUCAGAAGAACCUAAGUGGUUUAUAUUGAGUGGACAUAAGUUGCAAAGACGUGAGUUCCAGCAGAUGAUUCGUCCAUUAAAAGGGAAAAUAUGCAGAGUCUCUCACCAAUGGUCUUAUCAAGCAACUCAUUUCAUCGUCCCUGAUCCCAUACGCAGAACAGAGAAAUUCUUUGCUGCUGCUGCAUCUGGAAGUUGGAUUCUCAAGACUGAUUACUUAUCUGCAAGUAACGAGGCAGGAAGAUUCCUAACAGAGGAGCCUUACGAAUGGCACAAGAACGGCCUAAGUGAAGAUGGUCAGAUUAACCUGGCAGCUCCAAGGAAGUGGCGCCUUUUGAAGGAGAAAACCGGACAUGGUGCUUUUUAUGGAAUGCGGAUUGUCAUAUACGGAGAAUGCAUUGCACCCACUUUGGACACUCUUAAACGGGCAGUGAAAGCUGGAGAUGGGACCAUAGUGGCGACUUCCCCACCAUACACCCGCUUUCUAGACACUGGUAUCGACUAUGCCAUUGUGAGCCCUGGCAUGCCACAUGUGGAUAUAUGGGUUCAGGAGUUCAUAAAACAUGAGAUACCGUGUGUCUCGGCUGAUUACCUUGUGGAAUAUGUAUGCAAACCUGGGUAUCCUCUUGAAUCGCAUGUCCAGUAUGAUACAAAUGUUUGGGCAGAAAGGUCAUUUAACAAUCUCAAGAACCGGUGUUUGACCAUCGAAGAAGAAGAAGAGUCGAUGGGUCCCACAACACCUGAGCGCAGUGAUGUGGCGUGUGAGGUAUGUGGAUCACGUGACAGAGGUGAAGAAAUGUUGAUGUGUGGGAAUGAAAGCGGUUCGAUUGGAUGUGGUGUUGGGAUGCAUAUCGAUUGUUGUGAUCCACCGUUUGAAGAUGUUCCUGAGGAGGAUUGGUUUUGUCCCAAUUGUAGCAAUCCCAAGAUUACAGUUGCUAAUAAUUCCAAAAAGACCACCAGAAAAAGGAAAGCCAAGUAAACUUAACUGCCAUUUUUAUUUUAUUAUUAUUAUUAUUUUUUUUAAACCUACCGUUUUGUAUAUUGUUUUGACAUGUAGAUAUUGUUA